GCGCGGGCGAGAGGCGAGGGCGCCUGUAUUUUCGGGGCUGCCCCGUGUACGCGCGGGGCCGGGCCGGGCCGGGCCGGGUCGCGACCCGGACUGCGGCAGGAGAGCGAGAGGCAGCGAGCGGAAUCAGGAGGGAGGAAUGGAGCGAGAGAUGGUGGCCCGUCUGCAGGCUCGAUCGAUCGAUCGAUCGAAGGAUCGAGCGAGAGAUUGGCGUGGCGGCAGAAAGGCAGGCAGCAGGGCCGAUGGGGAGGUAGUCGAGACAGUCUUUCAUUGAACAGGGAGGCGAAACAGAGACGGAGGAAAACAGACAAAGAAGGCGAGAGAAGGAGAGAGAGAGACCUGCCAAGGGAGGGAGAGAGGAGGAGGAGGAGAAGGAUGGGGAGCGAUCGGCAUCAUGUGCGUGGGCUGCCGUGAGGGAGGCUGAGAGGCAGCAUCCAUCGCGAGAUUGUCUGUCGGGGUGCGCGAGAGGCCGGAGAGCGGAGUGACGGAGCUUUGCAAGCGAGGCACCUGUCGGCGGGUUGUGAGAUCGGGCUCGGCCCUUAGGCGAGCGGUAUCGAGCAUCGACAUUGAGUGCUCGCGUCUUUGGCUUAGAGAGGACACUUCGCCCUUUCCUUGUCCUCGGCGACUGUCGUCCGUGUUGGACAUUUGAUAGCACCACCAUCCCGCACCCCUGAUGCCAUGUCGAAUCCGACGCGCUUCUCGGUUUUUGUCGUAGCCGACUGAGUGAUUCGAGAAAAAAUAGAGAUUUUUUUGGGGAUUUUUUUCUAGCGUUUCUUUCUUGAGUGUGUGUCGAGGAUUUGGGACCAGCGGUUGUUCUCGCGAACAAAGAGAGAGUUAGAGAGAAAGAGAGAGAGAUCGGUUACGCAAUCUUGGGGCGAGGUGGCCGAGGGACUAGGUAAAUUGCCAGCCCGGGGUGCAGAAAUCGGAGAGAUGUCUGUUUUUAUAACCCCGGCAUUGGACAGGCUCAUCGAGUCUGAUCACAGGUCUUCUUCGUCCUCGCAAACGAGUCCCUCCAUGGAGAAGCAGAAUUUCAGCACGACGCACGCCGAGAGGAGACCUCUUUAUGUCUCGUAUCCUUAUUCUUCCACCACGUCCACUCCCCUAUCUCCGCGGCCUCGUUCGCCGUCCCCGACGGACUUUUCCCCUUCUCCUUACGUUGUCAACCACAAAAGGCGCGUGCCUAACGGUUUGGACACAAAACGAGCAUCGCAGCAAAAUGGAUUCCAUGUUUCGGAAAAGAUCUCUGCAAGCCGGCCGACGGAAUCUCAGGAGCUGGUGCUGAGGUCUGGCAAGGAAAACGUUUUAUUAGUUAGUCGAUCUUUGAACGGGCUGGGAGCCAAGCAGGGACAGGAGGCCCAGUUGCCUCAGGGUAGUCUGACCCGGGAGUUACAGAACAAAAAUAUGGGUGGAGAACGAGAAGACAAUUCUGCUACUAAGAAAAAAAGUUUUGACGAUAGCUUUCGCCAGAGUAGAUUGACCCCCACUGAAGAGAAGCCGAAAGGAAAGCGAGUGGGCUGGGAGAAGAAAGACAUGAGUUCCAGAGUAGAUGAUCUACGCGGGAAGCAGAAAUUGGACGAAAGGUUGGAAGAGGGCACGUCCGCUCAGGAACGGGCCAAGAUCGAUUGGGGCAAUGCGAGUACUAGUGCCAGAUCUCCACAAGUCCCGGUUAGCGAUACCAGCUCUAUUUCCACGGAAGAGUGGUAUGAUGCUCCGGAUGCUCCUCUUUCUGAAGAGUCAAGUGAUGAUGAAGCAUUCCGGAACACGCCAAGUAAACCUGGACCAAGUUCGAGAGGUGACCCGGAUCCGAACAUUGCUUCGCAGUUGAAGGAGGAGAUCAAGAGGCGCAUGAGAGCGGAGGAAGCUUUAGAAGCCUUGCAGCAACAACGAGAUGAGAAAAGCAAGGAAAUUGCAAGACUACGAGAUAAGCUGCAGUAUUAUGAGACCGUGAACCAUGAGAUGUCACAGAGGAACCAAGAAGCAAUCGAGAUAGCACGACAAACCAGACGAAGGAGGCAACGGAGACAGCGAUUUGCAAUGAUGGGAUUGAGUGCAGCCAUAUGCUUCGGUGUUUCUGCUGCAGUCGUCUACCGCUACGUCCCUUGGGGGGAGAUCAAGAACCUGAGCAAAGGAUCUGCGUUCUCAACUGGAGAUCACAUCUAUUCUGAAUCUGGCGAGAAGGUUGUCGACUUCAGAGAGCCUGUAACUGAUGGUUCCUACGAUUAAUCUUCGUACUGAGAAAAUGAUCUGCUAUUAUGUAUCUGAAACAUUUUUCUAUCGGGGUCCUUUUGUUACUAGGCUGCCAAAAAUUUUGCAUGAGGAAAUCAAAGUACAGUUGAGAACAUUAUCGAUGAUGGUAGAUGGGUUCUCCGGCCAAUAAGGAGAACCCCAGUGUACAUGAGGGAAGACUUGCCCUCCUUAUAUCAUACAUAGAGUACUGUAGUACUAGUAGAUACGAGUGGGGCUAAAUGAAGCCCUUUCUUAGCCAGUUCUUUAAUUUAUUUUUUUCCCUUAUGCCCCUUGGCAAGAGUUGAGACUCCCUAGGUGGGUCGUGUUAUUGCUCAUAACCUGCAAGCUAGGAUCCUGAUUUUAGGCCACAAUGUCCAUUAAAUACGUAGUAGUAGUUAGUUGAGGAAUUUUGAAGUUUCUGUCUCCUGAGCGGGCAGCAAUGACUCUAGGCUUCCGACCAUUGAAGUGAGAAUAUUCAUGAUGAGCGAUGAGUUGAAGCUACAAAACAUAAUAAAAGUACCAUCUUUGCGAUC